AUGGCUGACGUCAACAAACCGCCGUCUCAGUCCCGCCUGCUCCUCAUCAGUGUCCCUCGCACGGCAUCGAAUCUCAUGCUCAAAAUCCUCAACAUCCCUGGUCAGAAGUUGGUCACCAACGAGAAAGGAGGCUAUUUCUUUUUCAACGCCUUUAUCAAGGUCGAAUUUAAUGACCGCCAAGCUCUACCCGUAGAAGAGCGGAGCGAAGCCCAGAAGCAGGAGAUCCGCGAUGCCUUCCAGGAAGCUGUCGUUAGUCUCGAGGACUGUGCUCAGCGAGCAGAGCAAGAGGGGAAGAUUGCAUUCGCCAAAGAGCACGCCUUCUGGCUCACUAAUCCAGCCGUGCUGGGGAACGGGGCCGAGCAUGCCGCCAGCUUCCGACCGCGCAUUCCCGGCAAGUACGGUCCUUCGCAAACCUUCUCCCCUUUCAAUCAUACUGUGCUGCCCGACGAAUACCUGCGGACCUGGAGAUUGACCUUCAUCAUUCGUCACCCAGCCUUGGCUUUCCCAUCUCUGUGCCGCGCCAUGCAAAAGUUCCGGCAAAGCGGCGUUUCGCAGAGGGAGGACAUUGUCGGGUCAAUGGAAACCAAACUGACGUUGAAAUGGACGCGAAUGCUCUACGACUGGUGCCUGGAGCAGCCGGAUCUCCCCGGAAAGCCCCUGGUAGUAGAUGCGCAGGAUGUCAUCCACGAUCCGCAGGUGAUGGUCCGGUACUGCGAAGAGACCGGCCUUGACCCAAGUGCGUUGCAGUUUGAAUGGGAGAGCAAACAAGAAGUCCUGGAGCAAACAUUGGGAUCUGAGUCCCAAAGUCAGAAAAAGCCCGACGUGGAUUUUGACAAGGCUGAGGCGGUCAUGCUCUCGACCCUGUUGAGGUCCACGGGGAUCAUCAAGGACAAGACGCCGACCGUGGUAGAUAUAACAGCCGAGGUCAAACAGUGGAAAGAGGAAUUUGGAGAGGAGCUGGCCUCUAUGCUAGAGACGACGGUGAGCGAUGGCAUGCCCGACUAUGAAUAUCUCCGAAGUCGACGCAUUACUGUCUGA